UCCGCAUUGGGUAGUUCAAACUUUUUGUUCUCUAGUCAUUUUUAUCACAAAAUAAAUGGGGUUUUGUGAUGUGUUAUUAGUUUUACAGUAUUUAGUUUGAAGAAAACCAGGAUUUAAUCAUGCCUAGAGAAUUAGAUAUAGAGAAGCUUGAAAGAAAAUUUUCAUCUCUAACAAAGUCAAAAGAAAGUAUUCGAGCAGUUUCUUCCUGGAUUAUACAUCAUUCUGAAUUUUACAAAGAAAUUGUUGAGCAGUGGUACAUUGCACUAACUAAAGGUCAAAAUGCAUUGUUGAUGUUUUUUGUUGUUAAUGAAAUCAUUCAUUAUUCUGGAAAUAAAAGAGUUCCUCUGUUCAAAGAAGCUUUCUCUAAAGUUUUGGAAAAAGCCGUUUGUCUUGAAAAGGUCAAAAAAAUCAAAUCGGAUGUGUGCUACAUGUUUAAUUUGUGGAGAGAAAGGAACAUGUUUGAAGAUGACUUUUUGAAGAAAUUAGAAACUAAAUUGAAUGGUGCUGAAGUAACCUCAUCGCUUUCAGCAGCAGCAGCAGAUGAUGAUUAUGAAAUUUCUACAAGGAAAAUAAUUUAUAAUUACAAGUCUCAAAACCUUUUUGACAGUUUGAGAAAGCUGACGGCUGCAGAAGCUGAAGCAAAAGAAAAAAUAGAAGUUUUUUUAAAAUUUGCUGAUGAGCUUAAAUCAGUUGAUUUGAAUAACUUUACUGACCUGAAUGAAUGUCAGAAGAUAUUAAAAGUGAUUGAUACCUUUCAAAGUCUUGUCGAAGACUGUCUAAAAGCUGCUGAUAAUGAAUCCGAAGUUAGGAAGAAUGUUGUAAAGGAAUUGGAACACAGUUCUGUUUUUUAUAAUGCACAAUAUGGAGAUGUGAAGAAAGCUUCCAAUGCAUAUACGACAUAUGGGAAAAAACUGAAGAACAUGGAAAGAAUGUUAUUUGAAAAGAAAUUGACACUUCUGUCUCAAAGUGAAAGCAGCUCUCCAUGUUUUUCUGAAAGCAAUACAUGCACAUCACCAAUUACUUGCACUUUUCCCUUUGAUCAUGAUAAUGCAAGCGUAUCUAGAACUUCUUCAAAAAUAUCACUUGGUUCUAUCAAGGAGAAAGGCCAAAGUACGAUGCUUAGUCCUGACAAUGUGAAUAACAGCAUUUCUUUCUGGAACGAAAUUUCCUCAAAUACCUUGUCGAGUUUUCCUAAAAAUUGUGAAAAAAGUUUAGAAGAAACUUUUUCUAAGAGAGUAGAUCAAGCACCUAAACAAAACUUGAGUAAAUUAGCACAAAUAUUUGCAGAAAUAAAACCAAAUUCUGAAAAACAAAUAAGACCCAAAUCAGCUCUUACUGGAAUAUCUAAUCUAAAUGUGCGAAAAGAGAACAGUGGUGGCUUACAGAUAGCAGUUGAUCAGCAAAUUAAAGUACCAAAAAAUAUAGAACUCAUUUCUGCAGCAAAAUCCUCUAAUCAGGAGACAAUCAUAUCAGAUCUCUUGACUAAAAAGACUUUAAAUCAAAAAGAACAAACAGAAAAUGGUAAUGAAAUAGAGAUUUUAUUUGAAAAAUCGUUUGAUACGGAAAAGGCUAAAUCAAAUACCAGUAUUAAAAGAAAAAUGGAACCUUUUCAAGAAGAAGAAAUUCCAAAUAUCAAUAAAAGAGGAAAAUUUAAAAAAGUUAGUAAUAUUUUUAUGCCAUCUUCUAAAGCAAUGGAAAAGUAUAAAGAAAUUGACUUCUUAAAUAAUAGAAGUGAAACCCAAGAUUCAUUAUCAAUUAAUAAUGAAACUUCUCGGGAAGAUAAAACAAGAAACAAUAGAACUGUUAUUCCUGAAUUCAGCUUCAAUUCAGAAAGUAAUUUUUCACUGCAAACUCCAUUAAGAAUCAUUGAUUCUUCAUCCUCAUCCUCUACAUCUAUUGAAUUUCUGAAAUAUAUUCCUGGAAAAAAUAAAAGCAGUCCAUCUCCGAAUGUUGAAGAUAAUUGUGUGACUGAUGCAUCAGCUGUAAAAGAUUACAUUGAAGCUGGAAAGCUUCUAGAAAAUGAAGAUUCUGAGAAUGUGAUAAAAAAUCCAUCCCAUAAUUCCAAAUAUUCAGAACAGUUCGCAAGCAAUGAACAAGAAAUUCCAUUUAUUGAUACUAAAUUACCAAAGCUAGCUGAAAAUGACGAGAAAAUGAGCUCACCAAUUUCAAAUGUGCAGUUAGAAUCAAAGGAUCAGUUAAAAACUGGAAAGGCAGAUGAAAAACCUAACUUACUGCAAGGCCUUGAAAUUAUUUUAGAGGGCUUUGCUAAUAAAAGUAUUUUUAAUUGUGAUUUUAAAAAGGCAUUGAAGGAUCCACCUAUAAUACCUCUUGAAAACUGCCUCAUUUUGUACCAUAUACUGAGUACUUUUGAUAAAAAACAUGCUAAUAACUCCAGUCCUUCAAGUUCUCAAAAUAUAGUUCCUUCGAAAACAAUCUCAGAAUCUGCGGUUUCUUCAGAAAUUCAUAGUCAAGAUAAUUUAGAAGUCAUGGAUAUGGAAUGUGAUUCAGAUUGAAGAAGCUAUAUGAGCUUGGAAAAUACUUUUAACCUAUAAAUGAAGAAUUGUAUAUUUGUAAAUAAUUAUGGCAUGUGGCUAUUUCAUGUUAAAUAAGAUUAUGAAAUUACAUAUUAUAAAAGUAUAACAUAAAGUAAAUUUUUAUAUGCUGGUAAUUAAUACUGAUGAGAAAGAAGAAAACGAGCUUGGAAAAUUUACAUAUGACUGCUGCAUAUUAUUUAUAAAUAAUUAUGGCAUGUGGCUGUUUCAUGUUAAAUAAGACUAUAAAAUUACAUUUAUAAAAGUAUAACAUAAAGUAAACUUUUAUAUGCUGGUACUUAAUACUGAUUAGAAAGAAGAAAACGAGCUUGGAAAAUGUACAUAUGACUGCUGCAUAUAUUUGUAAAUAGCUACUAUGUUUUAUCAUGUUAAUCAGAUUAAUAAAAGUGUAAAAAUGCAAUAUUAAAGUGUAAACCUUCUGGGACUUGAAAUGGAGUGAAAUUACAAAUGAAGAAGAUGCAUAAGCUUUAGAAAUGAUAAUGUAAAUAAAUAAAUGGUAAUGUAAAGAUGCAUAUUUGUAAGUAAUUUUAUUAAAUUUGAUUAUUUCAUGUUAAAUAGAUUGUGAAACAAUUUUAUAUGAAAGCAAGAUAUGAAAUAAACUUUUUUAUGUGCUGAAAGGUGAUACUGAAUGAGAAAGAAAAUAAAUAAAUAUGGAAUAUAUAUAUAUAUGACUGCUGUAUAUAUUUGUAAAUAAGUGUCAUGUUUUAUAAUUCAUAUUGGAAAAAGUGCAGCAAUGCCAUAUGAAAGUAUAAACCUGCUAGGAACUCUUCUCUUUCACACUAUUUGUGAUUUUGAAUAUGAGUGAAUUAAACGAGCUUGGUAAUAAGUGUAAACCUUUGGGACUUGAAAUGGAAUGUGAUUCCAAAUGAAGAAGAUGCAUAAGCUUUGGAAAUAAUAAUGAAAAUAAAUAAAUGAUAAAGUAAAGAUGCAUGUUUGUAAGUAAUAUUACUAAAUCUGAUUAUUUCAUGUUAAAUAGACUGUGAAACAAUUAAAGCAAGAAAAAGAAUAAAAUUUUUUAUGUGCUGAAAGGUGAUACUGAAUGAGAAAGAAAAUAAAUAAAUAUGGGAUAUAUAUAUAUAUGACUGCUGUAUAUAUUUGUAAAUAAGUGCCAUGUUUUAUAAUUCAUAUUGGAAAAAGUGCAGCAGUGCCAUAUGAAAGUAUAAACUUGCUGAGAACUCUUCUCUUUCACACUAUUUGUGAUUUUGAAUAUGAGUGAAUUAAACGAGCUUGGUAAUAAGUGUAAACCUUUGGGACUUGAAAUGGAAUGUGAUUCCAAAUGAAGAAGAUGCAUAAACUUUGGAAAUAAUAAUGAAAAUAAAUAAAUGAUAAAGUAAAGAUGCAUGUUUGUAAGUAAUGUUACUAAAUCUGAUUAUUUCGUGUUAAAUAGACUGUGAAACAAUUAAGGCAAGAAAAAGAAUAAAAUUUUUUAUGUGCUGAAAGGUGAUACUGAAUGAGAAAGAAAAUAAAAAAGUAUGGAAAAUGUAUGUAUGACUGCUGUAUAUAUUUGUAAAUAAGUGUCAUGUUUUAUAAUUCAUAUUGGAAAAAGUGCAGCAGUGCCAUAUGAAAGUAUAAACUUGCUGAGAACUCUUCUCUUUCACACUGUUUGUGAUUUUUGAGUAUGAAAGAAUUAAAGGAGCUUGGAAUACGAGCUACAUAUUACUAUCUAUGUAUUUGUAAAUUAUAUUAAUGUUUAUAUUUUGUUUUGUAAGAUUUGUAAUAAUGCA